UGACCACGCCGACGAAGCAGUUUGAACUCCGAACGCCGGUCCUUGUGGUGCUCCGCGAAGUUCGCUCCCCUCGUGAAAUUCAGAAUUGGCGAGUCAAGGAGUCGGAAGUUUAGUGGAAUUCUCCGAGCUUCCGCCACGUUCGUUUUGAAUUCAUCCUUUGUGUGCCGGUCGUUUUCCAUUACAAAUGAUUUGAGGAUCCCUAAUAAUAAAACUUUUCUAAACAACACCGUAUACCGGAUGUGAAUCCGUCGUAUAAAUACUACACAUCGCGUUGAGCGGAUUACAAGUUAAGUGAUUCGCUUAUCUCAGUGACAAUUCGAGAGCGGUGUCAACGGUUUUUGUAUCAGAGGUGAAAAUGGGACUGAAAAAGUUCAAAAUAAUUUUAGACAGUCCGGUGUUCUUUGCGGGUCAAACAGUGAGAGGAAAACUGCGCCUGACGUUGGAUAAGCCAACAAAGAUUCGCGGAAUAAAAUUGAAGUACAGCGGCGAUGGAAGAGUUCGGUGGACGGAGAUACACAUGAUAAACGGAAGUCCGGCCACUUACACCUACUCCGAUGACGAGACUUACUUCAAACACGAGGAAAUCGUUUUCAGUAGCUUUGACCUCAAAGAUGAACUCGACGCUGGAGAGCAUGUAUUCGACUUUGAGUCAGACUUGCCAAAGCAUUUGCCAAACAGUUUCGAAGGUCGGUAUGGGCGAAUUAGAUACUCUGUGAAAGGGGUGAUCGAUGUGCCGAAAAAACUGACGUCCAAAACAAAAGUGCCAUUCACUGUAGUUUCGCUCCUUGACCUCAACAAGGACCCGAUCGCGGCGAAUCCAGUAAACGAGGAAAAAGUUAAAACCUUCUGGGGCCACCUCAAGCCUCUGACGGUAAAAUUGUCUCUUCCAGUGCGUGGUUAUGUGCCUGGACAAGUUAUUCCCGUCAAAGCGUUGGUGACCAAUGACACAGGGGUUGAAAUUAAGAAGCUUCGAGUACAACUGAAGAAGAUCACAAAUUUUCACACUAAAUUGAAGACUCAGGAGGUGAAGGAGGUGAUAACCGAGUGUGACUUGCACUUGGAACAUGGCCAUGGUAAGGAGGAGGCUUCGAUUGAUCUUAAAGUACCAGCCCUGCCACCUUCACGGAUGGAGUACUGCAAGAUCAUAGACAUAGAUUACAAGGUGAUCGUUGAGGCUUGCGUUGAGAGCUGGUACCACAAGAACAUGAAGACUGUGACCGAUAUCGUGAUCGGUUCGGUGCCCUUGCUCUGCUAUCAGAUCCCAGUGGCUGCUUUUCCUCUCUCGAGGUCACCGCCAACCCUACAUUCCGAGUUUCGUCCUCUCGGUGAUCAGCCACCCGCGCAAGUCGCGUCACAACCUUACCAAGACAUCUACGGUGGCGAAGUCGCGACUCCGAUUUACGAAGAAACGAUGGAGUACCCGUCGGAGAAGAGAGAAAAGCAUAAAAAGAAGGAGAAAGAGGACGGGGAUCAGAGUGCGAAGGCGGAAAAUGUAGGCAUCGAAGAUGCCGACAGCGAUGGGGAGGUGACGAGCUUCGCUCCAUUGUAUCCAGUUUUCAAAUUUGGAACCCGGAACAAUGACGCAUCAUAGAACGGGGGUCGAAGCCUUGUUUGCUUUCCUAACACGUCACAUACUCGAUUUACGUCUACACGCGUCAUUGCUUAAGAAUUCCCGUCCGGUCGGUAUUUCGAAACCUGUCAGCCAAUAUUUUCCUGCGAAGUACCGUUUAAUGUGUAUUGUAUGCACGUACGUAUGUUUUUAUGUAUGUAUAUAUUUAUGUUCUCCACAUUUUUCUUAAUAUCUAUUCAUUACAAAGGAUAAAUAAAAACCUCAAU